CAUGGUAAACACCAUAUUGGAUCUUCCUAAAGCAAAGUUCUGACUAUAAAAGCAAGGUAGAGAAAUCUGCCAUUCAUCAAGUUAUAUCAUGGAUUCGAAGUGGAAGCUUCCUUUUAUGUCAAAUAAAUCGCCGGUAGAGCCACCAACUAGAAAACCGUUGAGUGGCAGUUAUUCACGGCAGAGUACUCACUCAUCAUCAUCUAACCCUUUUGAACAAAAGUUACCAAUGCCUUCAAACGUAGAUGUACGCCGUCCUUCAGGACCUUUUCGGAUUGUGAAAGCUACUUCUACAGAAGAUGCAUUGACGAAUUGUAUUAUUGUCUCACCAAUGGAUUUUCGUGAGCAGUACAUCAUUGUUGACAAUUUGAGAGUUUUCAGUACAAAGCCUGUGCCUGGAUUUCCACAAGGAUGCUUGGGAGCUUCACAACCUCAUCGAGAAUGGGCUUCUUGGUCUCUCAACCAACAAGUGAACGUUGCAAGUUAUGACCCUUAUGGACCCAAUGGAGCACCUUACUUGAGUGCUCUAGAAUUAGAAGUUGAUUUUCAAAAUCGUAAUCGCACAACCAACGAAGCUUUGGAUGGGGAAGAGAUGUCUCAGCUGUUCGCCAAUAGCUAUCAAAAUCAGGUGUUCGCUCCCGGACAAAAAAUUGUCUUUGAUUUCAAGUCCUUUAAUAUAAAGGCUACUGUUCGCUCCAUUUCAUGUGUUGAUCUCUUACUCUCGGAUUCGCCAGAUCAAGGGAUCAAUACCAAAACGGAUCCUGAUUCUCGGGGAAUUUUAACUGCCCAAACAGAAAUCCAUUUCACUAAAGGUGCUAACAGUUCAGUACGUCUUAAGGCUAGUAUGAAGCGUCCAGCUACAAAUGCUAUUUUACAACCUGGUUUUAAAUUUGAAGACAUGGGAAUUGGUGGUCUUGAUACCGAAUUUAGUGCCAUUUUCCGUCGUGCAUUUGCUUUACGCCUUUUUCCGCCAGGUAUGAUUGAGAAAUUAGGUAUCAGUCACGUAAAGGGUAUUCUGCUUUACGGCCCUCCUGGAACGGGUAAGACAUUGGUUGCUCGUCAAAUUGGUAAAAUGCUUAAUGCCCGUGAACCAAAAAUUGUAAAUGGUCCGGAAAUUUUAAAUAAGUAUGUCGGUCAAAGUGAGGAAAAUGUCCGUAAACUUUUCGCCGAUGCCGAACGUGAAUACCGUGAGCGUGGAGAGGAAUCUGGACUCCAUAUUAUUAUCUUUGAUGAAUUGGAUGCCAUUUGUAAGAAGAGAGGCAGCUCUGGAGGUGAUACUGGAGUCGGUGAUCAGGUAGUUAACCAGUUACUUGCGAAGAUGGACGGUGUUGAUCAAUUAAAUAAUAUACUCGUGAUUGGUAUGACUAAUCGUAAAGACAUGAUUGAUGAAGCACUCGUUCGUCCUGGCCGUUUGGAAGUUCAUGUUGAAAUUUCGCUUCCUGAUGAACAUGGACGUCUGCAAAUUUUGAAGAUUCAUACUGGACGCAUGGCUUCCAACGGAAUUUUGGAGGAUGAUGUGGAUUUGAUGGAAUUGGCAAGUCUCACUAAAAACUUUUCUGGUGCUGAAAUUGCUGGUCUAAUUAAAAGCGCUUCGAGUUUUGCAUUCUAUCGUCACAUCAAAGUAGGUACUACUGCUGCUGUUUCUGGAGAUUUGGAAAACAUUAAAGUUAAUCGCAACGAUUUUUUGAAUGCUCUUAAUGAAGUUCAUCCCGCAUUUGGUGUUAGUGAAGAAGAACUUGAGAGUCGUGUACAGGGUGGUCUUAUUAAUUAUGCAAAGCAUAUUGAAGAAAUCUUUACGGAAGGCAAGUUAUUUGUUCAGCAGGUUAAAAACUCCGAACGCACUCGUUUAAUGAGUGUUUUAUUGUCAGGACCUAUAGCUUCAGGUAAAACUGCAUUGGCAGCAACUAUUGCUUUGGGAUCCGAUUUUCCGUUUAUUAAGCUAGUGACUGCCGAAAGUAUGGUAGGCAUGAGUGAAAAUGCUAGAGUAUCCUAUGUGAACGGCGUGUUUGAGGAUAGCUACAGAAGUCCUCUUAGUGUAAUCGUUGUGGAUGAGAUAGAGCGUCUUAUUGAUUGGGUUCCCAUUGGUCCUCGAUUUUCAAACACGUUGCUUCAAACUCUAAUGGUGCUUUUCAAAAAGCAACCCCCUAAGGGCCACCGUUUGCUUAUCCUUGCUACCAGUUCAGAGAGAACAAUGCUUUCUCGGAUUGACAUGACAAAAUCUUUUGAUGCUGAAUUGGCUGUGCCCAAUGUCGGAAAUAUUGAAGAAUUAGAUCGUGUAUUACAGUCUAUAGAUUAUUUUGCUGAUACGAAUGUCCGUGCAGAUAUUUUACAAAGACUACAAGGCUACACGGGUACAGAAAAGGUUGAUGUUGGAAUUGCGAAAAUCCUUUUGAUUGCUGAAACAGCUAAACAAGACAUGGAUACCGCCUCUUGUUUCGUGGAAAGUCUGGCAAAGGCAAUACCUAUGGAGUAAGUCUAAAUUAUCGUCAGCAACUAAACCCAAUCAUAAUUUGCGUAAAGCAUAAAUACUUUUAUAUAUUGUAUAGUCGUUUGAAAUUGCUCGUAAUGUUUUUUAUGAGCAACAGUGAAACAUAUGUUAGAUGUUAUGAAUAACUAAUGAUAAUUUGGUGUAAGACAAUUAAAUAAUUUAUCUAACUAAUGUUGCGAAAGUAAA